GUGUAAGUCAAUUUCCUCCUCUUCUAUUUUCCUCUCAAGAAAUGGCUACCCAAGUUCAUGAAGGAUUGGAGGCCGAAAUGAAUGGAAAUGAACCAAACGGUGUGCUUGAAAAUGUUAAGAGCAACUGGAAGAGACGCAUGCUUGAUUUGUCUGAGAAAUUGAAAAGACUUGCAGGUUGUUUAUGGCGAACCCUUUGGAAGGCUGGUCGAGAAGACCCUAGAAGGAUGAUUCAUGCUUUCAAAGUUGGUCUAUCUUUGACACUAGUCUCCUUGUUGUACUUGAUUGAGCCAUUGUUCAAAGAUUUCGGAACAAGUGCCAUUUGGGCUGUCAUGACAGUAGCUGUUGUUCUUGAAUUCACUGCAGGAGCAACAUUAUGCAAAGGACUCAAUAGAGGGUCAGGAACAGUCUUAGCAGGAUCAUUGGCAUUCCUCAUUAACUAUAUUGCAAUUAAAUCCGGAGACUUCGUUCGAGCUGUUUUCAUUGGAGCGGCUGUGUUUCUGAUCGGAACCGCAGCUACAUACAUGAGGUUCUUUCCCUAUAUAAAGAAAAACUAUGACUAUGGUGUUGUGAUAUUCCUCUUGACCUUCAAUUUGAUCACAGUGUCAAGCUACCGAGUUGAGAAUGUAUUAAAGAUAGCACAUGAUCGAUUCUACGCCAUAUCCAUCGGUUGUGCCAUUUGUCUUUUCAUGAGUCUUGUAGUAUUUCCAAUUUGGUCAGGUGAAGACCUCCAUAACUCCAACGUAGGCAAGCUUGAAGGGCUAGCCAAAUCUAUAGAAGCUUGUGUUAAUGAAUACUUUAAUGAUUCUGAGAUAAAAGAAAACGAAGACAAAUCAGAAGAAGAUCCUAUCUACAACGGUUAUAGAGCAGUUCUUGAUUCCAAAUCUAUCGACGAAACUCUGGCGUUAUAUGCAAGUUGGGAACCAAGGCAUUCAAGGCACUGCUACAGAUUUCCAUGGCAGAAAUAUGUGAAACUGGGAGCCGUUCUUCGCCAAUUCGGAUACACAGUUGUAGCUCUGCAUGGAUGCUUGCAAACUGAAAUUCAGACCCCACGAUCGGUUCGUGCACGCUUCAAAGACCCCUGCAUUCGACUUGCCGGAGAAGUAACCAAAGCACUAAUGGAACUUGAAAACAGCAUGAGAAGACGUCGUCAUUGCUCCCCUGAGAUACUCUCCGACCAUCUUCAUGAAGCCUUGCAAGACCUCAACACUGCCAUAAAAUCCCAACCAAGGCUCUUCCUAGGUUCCAAAAAGAACCAGGCGGCCACCAGCAUGCUAGCACUAGCGGCUGCACAUGCCGUUCGCUGUAAGCAAGAAAAAGACCAUGGCGUUUCAUUAGAAAGUGUGAAAACAGACUCGUCUGCAUUUGUGGAAUGGAAAAGAAAGAGGAUGGUGAGUGAACAAGCUAGAGAGAACGAAAGGAAGGCUUUGAGGCCACAGUUGAGCAAAAUUGCAAUAACAAGCUUAGAGUUCUCGGAAGCACUUCCAUUUGCCGCUUUCGCGUCUUUGCUAGUGGAGAUUGUCGCAAGGCUUGAUAAUGUGAUUGAAGAAGUUGAAGAGUUGGGGAGGAUAGCUUGCUACAAGGAGUUCGAUCCAGAUGAUAAUGAUGAAAUUAUUGUGACAUGUAAUAAACCACCACUGGAUGUUACUAAGAAUCAGCUGCCAUCCCAUGCAGCUUAAAAGGCAGAAGAAACAAACGUUUUUUAGAUAUCAUGUUUCUUGAUAAAUAAAUAUCUGCUUUAUUAUGAUGUGAAAAUGUUGGAAUAGUUUAUUCU